AGAGCCGAGCGCGUGGUCACCGCCUGCGCGCCGCGCGCGUUGCCGGCCUCGCCCUGGCACAUGCAUGCCGGACCACCGGGCUAGCCUGGCCCGUCAUCGUUCCUCCACGCGCGCGCUGUCGCUCCGGCGCCGUACGCGCGCGAGCUCUGGUCACCGGCCGCGGUCGAUCGGUACACGACGGUCGGUGGCGACGGGGCUGGGUUUCUUGGGCUGAUGCAGCUUUCGACAGCGCACGGCCUAUGUUACUGAAUAUUGAUACCUAUCGGUAGCCUAGCUAGCAGCGUUUGUACACUUUGUCGCGCUAUGCAUGGACGACCUGGAUUCCGGCCAUCCCACGCCUCGCGUCCCACUCGUACGUACGUACACGUGAUUCCUUUGGCUCUGUGUGGUGACUGGUGAGUGAGUGGUGACCCGAGUGAAAGUUGCUUGACCAAACGUACGUGUGGCGCCAGGUCCCGGAUUGGAUUUGAUUCAUCUUGCAUCAUAGUCAUCACCCCGAAAGAUGCGUACUUGUUUUCACAUUGCAAGUGCGUAAGAGCAUCUACAACCGGGCUUUUUAAAAUUCAACAACAUCGCCUUAAACCCAGCCCAAAUCUGCUUGACUCUUAUAGGAUGCUCACACGCAUCCGGCCCAGCCCAAAUAUGUGUGACGGCCAUAGGAUGCUCACACCGAUCAUGGUUGGACUGGGGUGGUAGCGGAAGUUCUGGCUCCGCGUCGUCCCUCGUCGCUCAGCUUCAAAGUGCGGAGUACAAGGCCGUCACGUCCGUGCAGCUCCGAUCGCUCUCCCCCCUUCUCGGCCCGCCACCCACUGCGUCCAUCUGUGCCUUUUGUUCCUGCUCGAGAGGGCGUCCCUCGGCUACCGCUGGAUCCUCGUGUCCGCACAGGCACCGACAUGGGCUACACUCCAUCCUUCUCCAUCCUUCUCCAUCAUCAUUCCAUUUACUAUUUUAUUCAGUAUGAAACUAGUAUUGUCUAGCAUGAACGAUGCUCUUUUGGUUGUGCGAUGACUCUUAGUUUGCUAGUAAGUGAAUUAUGUCCAUUUGUUGAUAAGGGCGUUGAUAUUCGUACAUGCAUGGGCUGCAUGGAUGUGGGUUUUCAAAUAUAAGGGAGAUAAUUGCGGAGGCGACAAAAUGAAAGGCAACCGAUCACGGUGCAUGGACGUACAUGGGCUUGUCCGUGGCCUUGUGAGGGACUGAAAUAGGUAGGUGUGGUUGUAGAUGCUCUAAGGAUCUCAUAUAGUGCCCUUUUUAUAGUUUGCUUACUGUUUUAAACUUGUUUUUAGGGCAACUAAUAGGAAAUUCCUAAAAAUUCCAUUCCUCAAAAUGGUUAGAUAGAUGUCCAUAUUUCAACGUUGAAUUGACAUAAAUGUCCAAGAAACAACUCCGAACUUAAAAAAUGUCUAUAAGGUACAACCUUCAACUUUAAAUACCGUGCAAUUUUUAAUACUGGUUGUACUCAACUGGUUUUUGGCCAGUCAAACUGGUGACCAAUUGACCCACCAAAUCAGCAUCCACAUCAGCCGCCAUGUCAUUUCGAUCAAAAAAUAAAUGUGUGUAGAAUAAAUCGAAACAAUUUUGUAAAAUCAACACUACCAUGCUGGCCUAUCUGAAAAGGUUUCACACUUAGUUGAAAAUAUAUUUUAAAAUACAGUCAAACUACAAAAUUCAAUUUCAGACCCUUUUUGGUCACAUUUUGACCAAACAUUAAAAGUGUCUAUAGAAAAUUUGAAUAAGAAUAAUAUAUAAAAUCAGGAAUGCCAUGCUGACCAAUCUGCCAAAGUUUCACACUUACUAUAUGAGGAAUUGCAUACUGAACGAAGACUCUCUCAGUUCCUAAAUACAAGUCUUUUAAGAGAUUUUAAGGGACUAUUUUAACGUUGGAUGCAUUCAUUUGAACAGUACUAUAUCACAAAUUGCGUAGUACCUAAAGCCGGAUUGUACUAUUCUCCCUUCUCCAAGUUUUACCAAAUUUUCUCGUCACAAGGUUUUUAUUCUUCAGAAGGCAAUUCGUGCAAGGCAUGCAUAGUGUAUACGGAGUAUUUUCUUCAUUUCCCCCAUAGCAGGGCCAAAAAAAAAUAAAAAAUCAGAAGCUAUGCCCAAGGCCGGACGUACAAGCCCAGGGGCCAGGCCCAUCAACUACCUCCCAAAAGGGCCCAUCACAACCCACCCCAAACGCUUGGACGACGAGCAUUACCACACUGGUCAUCCCCCGUCUCCGUACUCGUCUGCUCCGUCGGCCUCCGAAGCUCCGCGGCUCCAGGGUUUAGCUAGGGUUCUGCCCGCGACCACCCCCGCCGCCGCAGCCAUGGCCGGCGCCGGAGAGGACGACGCGGCGUGGGAGAGGGCCAUCAGCGCGGCCGUCAAGAGCGCGCCGCUCUCCCCCUUCUCCGCGCCCAAAACCCUAACCCUCGACGGCGCCGUCAAGUCCUCCACGGGCCGCCUCCCCUCGCCGUCCCUCUUCGACCGCUUCCCCUCGCUCGAGGAGCUCUCCGUGGCCGGCGCCCGCCUCUCCUCGCUCGCGGGCCUGCCCCGCCUCCCGGCCCUCCGCCGCCUCUCCCUCCCCGACAACCGCCUCUCCGGGGCCGGCUCCCUCGCCGCCGUCGCCGAGUCCUGCGGCGGGACCAUCCGCCACCUCGACCUGGGAAACAACCGCUUCGCCGCCGUCGAGGAGCUCGCCCCGCUCGCGCCGCUCGGGGUCGAGUCGCUGGACCUGUUCCAGUGCCCCGUCGCCAAGCUCAAGGGGUACAGGGAGAAGGUGUUUGCGCUGGUUCCCAGCUUGAAGUACUUGGAUGGUGUCGAUGCCGAGGGCAAUGACCGUCUGGAGUCCGAUGAGGACGAGGAGGAGGAUGAGGAAGAGGACGAGGAGGGGGAUGAAGAGGGGGCGGAGGACGGUGAAGGGGAAGGAGAAGAAGAGGACGGGGAGGAAGAGGAAGGAGACGAAGAAGAAGAUGGCGAGGAAGGAGAUGAAGAUGAAGAGGAAGGCGACGAGGCUGAAGAUGAAAAGGAUGAGGGCGAGGACGACGAACCGGAUUCAGGCGUGGCCGAGAAAAGCGAGGUGACCAACGGAGACAAGUCUGCAGGAUCUGCCCUGCCAAGCAAGAGGAAAAGGGGCGAAGAAGAUGCCGCUGCUGGAGACAACUGAAUGUGGUGGUCUCGGUUGAGGUUUGCGGGAUGUGAAAUUUCUGGUGCUAUAAAUCAUGCGUUGACUCGGAUCA